GCAUAUAUAAUUCCUAUCCCUCUCCAUGCUCUCUCUCUCUCUCUCUCUCUCUCUCUCUCUAUCUAUCUAUCUAUCUAAUGCUAUAUGCUAAGUCAUCAACAGGAACAACUCCCCCAGCUAGCAACUUCAGUUCCUCUCUUCUCUCUAUAUAUCUCUCCCCAUCUCUGUGGAUGAGUUGCGUUCAUCUUCUCUGUAAUGAUAAAGAAAUAAUGGACGAGCGUCGUCGGCCUCGGAAGCAACCAAAGACAGCGCUAAGAAGUAUUGACUCUGAAGUUAGUAGCAUCGAAUGGGAUUUCAUACACAUGACAGAACAGGAGGAGGAUCUCAUAUAUAGGAUGUACCGACUUGUCGGAGACAGGUGGGAUUUGAUAGCUGGUCGGAUUCCAGGGCGUAAAGCAGAAGAGAUAGAGCGGUUUUGGAUAAUGAGACACGGCCGAGCUUUUGCGGAGAAGAGACAUACAACCAAGAAUCAUCGUUAUCGUCACCAGUCGUCCAACAAUUGAUGAUCAAUUAUUAUCCCACGACACCGCUCAUAAUUAAUAAAAUUUUGCUUUAAUUUCAAUUCCUGUGUAUACAAUUAGCAGCGUGGAGAUUUUAAUCUGUGUCAUAUUUAUUCUGUCUAUUUUAUUGUUAGGAACAUCGAGCCCUUUUUUCUUGUUCUUUUUUUUUUUUUCCUUUUCGUUUCUAUUUUUAACUGCCUGACAUCUAAGCUUGCUGGGGCAUUCUUUUUUUUUUGGGCUUUUCUUUUAAGUUAAUUAAUUGUUUUGGACAUGAUGUAAUAUUUGAUCGUUUGUGUUGCCGGAACCGAUAUAUGAGACUCCGAUCAUUCCUCUCGCACCACAA